ACAGUAUAGUGUGAUGAGGUAUUGACCUAAGGCGUCAAAAUCGAAAAGUCCGGGCCUUGAGGUGGGAUGGGUGUUCCGAAGUUCUUUAGAUGGAUUAGUGCUCGAUACCCUUGCAUCAACCAGAUUUUGCGGCCAGGAGAGAUCCCUGUUAUCGAUCACUUUUACUUGGACAUGAACGGUAUACUUCACACUUGUUCACACCCAGAAGGUGGUAAAAUAAUCUUUUCGGAAGAGAUUAUAUUUCGAAAUAUUUGUCUAUAUAUUCAAUUCUUGUUCAACCUCAUUAAGCCACGUAAGACUUUCUUUUUGGCCGUGGAUGGUGUUGCACCUAGAGCUAAAAUGACGCAGCAACGUGCUCGCCGUUUCCAAUCUGCUUUAGAGGCUCGUAUUGCCAAAGAGAAUUUAAAAGAUAGUUCACCUGAGACCCACUCAUUCGACCCGUGUGUGAUUUCUCCAGGUACUGAAUUCAUGGAGCGGUUACAUCGUCAUAUCGUUACAUUUGUAGAAAAUCAUGUAAAUCAUGAUGCUGACUGGCAAUGUAUUGAUGUCAUUUUAUCUGGACAUGAUUGUCCUGGAGAAGGCGAACACAAAAUUCGGGAGUAUAUGGCAUAUCGUCGUGGUCUACCAAAUUACCGUCCUAAUGAGCGUCACUGUAUAUACGGAAUGGACGCUGACUUGAUAUUUUUGGGUUUAACAACUCAUGAAAUCAACAUUUGUAUCUUGCGUGAGAACGUUGUUAAAGCCCAAAAUUGUUCGGCUGAUAAUAAACCUUUCUGUAUUACUUAUUUGUCAGUUCUUCGGGAGUAUAUUGAUUUGGAAUUUACGGAAUUAAAGAAGAUAUUGCCGUUUCCUUAUGAUUUGGAACGCCUGAUUGAUGAUUGGGUUUUUAUGGCUUUUCUAUUGGGAAAUGAUUUCAUACCUCACAUACCUAAUUUGCAUAUACAUGCAGAGUCUUUGUUAACUGUCUGGGAUACAUAUCAAGUUGUAUUACCGAAAUUGGACGGUUACCUUGUGGAGUUUGGAUAUUUAAAUCUUCCACGAUUUCAUAAAUAUCUGGAAGAACUUUCUCAGUUUGAGCGUGAUUGGUUCGAGGAACGUGAAGCAGCUUUCCAUUGGAUGCGAGGAAAACAAGGUGCUCGUAUGGCAAGUGAACUAGAAAAACUCGGUUUAUCAUCUGAGGAUAAUCAGAUGCCAUCUCAUAAACCCCUCAGUUCAACAGGAAAGCGUUUCCCCGAAAUGACUAAAAGUAGUUUAUUAGAUAAGAAAGAUGAUUUCGAUCAACUGACUGAUUUGAUAGAUUUAUUCGCACCUCAAUCUGAUUGUCAUUAUGAUAAUGUUAUGUUAGAUGAAGCCGCUGAAUUAAUGGAAGAAGGUGUUGUUAUUUCAUUAAGGACACAUGAUGAUAAAGUCAAGCAGUUAUAUAAUAAAAGUGAUCCGUCCAAUAGAACUUCCCAUAAUAAUACACAUAACACAAUAGGCGAUAAUCAUGAUCAUGAGGAUAAUAUAGAUGAUGAAACAGAAGAGGAAAUAGAAGAAGACGAGAAUGUCACCUAUGUUGAAAGUGAUACAGAUCUAGAUGAAGAUUUAUUAGUUUAUAAAAUGCAUCGACGUGAUUAUUAUUCCUCGAAACUUGGUAUACAACUCGAUGAGAUGUCAGGUGAUCUUGGUGAAAAUUCCACAUUAAUGUCUUUAAUUCAAGAUUAUAUCCGAAUGUUACAAUGGAUAUUGAAUUAUUACUUUCUAAAUGUGGCUGAUUGGGAUUUUUUCUAUGCUUAUCACUAUGCACCAUUUGUGCAUGAUCUUAUUUUAUAUACAAAAAAGUUUGAGAAUUAUCAAAAUUUCAAUGAUAUUAAAUUGUCUUGGACAAACUUUCAAACAAAUUCACAACCAGUUUUACCGUUUGUUCAACAAUUAAUGAUAUUACCAUCGGAUUCAGCUUAUAUAGUUCCAGCACCUUAUUGGGAAUUAAUGAUUUCCCCAUCUUCCCCAUUAGCUGAAUUCUUUCCUAGAGAAUUCGAAACUGAUAUAAAUGGGAAAAUAGCAUCAUGGGAGGCUGUAGUGUUAAUUCCGUUUUUGGAUCAGCAACUUCUCAUAGAUGCAAUGAAGGAUGGAAACACUAAACUAACUGAACAAGAAAAACAACGCAACCAACAUAAAUCUCAUUUGUUUUAUCGUGCUUGUCCAAUUGGACGUGUAAAAUCUCCUGUAGAAUUAAUCAAUUAUGAUUUUUAUCGUAAAUCUGUCAAUUGUGGUGAAUCAGAAUUAAGUCAGUUUUAUGCUUCAAUCACUAGAUCUGUUGCUGAUGAUUUUCCAAGUUUAUCAAGACUACCGUUUACCCACAAAAUUCAAAGAAUACCAGUUUAUGUUUUUGAACGCCCUAGUAAAUUAGAUAGUAUGGCGUUAACAAUGAAACCUCAUCCAGAAUUUUCAAAAUAUGAUAGCCUUGGUCAGUUAGCUGAAAGUAUUCUUGGGCGUCCUAUUCGUGUUCGUUGGCCAUUCUGUGCUACAGUGAUGCCUGUUCGAUUGAUGAGCACUAGCGAAAUCUGGGAACUAGUGGAUUUUAAUGUAGAACCAAUAAUUGAGUCUUCAAGCGGUUUGUCCUCUGAAUCCCUGCACUUUCGUCCACUUUUAUCGUCUGAAGACAAUAAUCAUGAAUUGGAUUGGAUAAAUAGCCAACUGUCAAGUUUAAAACACCAUUUUGAGAAACGUCGAGCAAUUUUAUUUGAUGACAAAAGUGAUAAUAAUGACUGUGAUGAGCUAGAUGCUCAUGUGAAUUUGAUACCAUCGUCAGUUCUAGUUUUUUCUCGUCCAUUAGACGGUUGGUCUGUAGUACCUGUACGAGCAAAUGAUUCGGAUGGUUUUACUCUUAUACCGAAUUUUGUUCGCUCGCGUGCUCAAAAUGGUGAUGAUUUAGAAUUGUCUAAUACACCAUUUGCAUCUUCAUUUAUUCAAUCAGAAAAUAUGAUUGACUUAUCCGGGAAACGAGAUAAAAAACGAAAAACACUUGUCGAAAAACCUUCAUUGAAUAUAGAACCUGCUUAUGGUCUAUCGGAUGGUUUGAAUCUAGACUUAUUAGACGUCCUAUUACCUGGUAUACCUCCACCACCAUCAAUCGGAUGUGUUGAAGUUGACUGGGGUUAUAAUAAAACAAUUUCACUCCAUACAAUAUUUCAUCCUGGUAAAAUAGUGUUUAGUUUAGCCAAAGAAAGUUAUGGAUCAGUGGGUGAAAUUAUUGGAGUUGAUCAGAAGAAAGGUAAAGUUAUGGUACGCUUCUAUCCUGAUGUCUCAUCAUCAACUGACUUAACGGAAUUUUGUAGUCAGGUCGAAGAAUGGGAACAUGAUAAUUUUUAUACAAAUAUCAUGGUUGCAGAUCAAUUAAGUGUCCCAGUAUUUGUAGUGAAUCGAUUUACCGGCAGUUUGAUGGUUCAAAUUACUUCUGAAUCUUGUUCAUCAUUUGGAGAUAAUGAUGGCAUUAUUAGUAAACAUAAUCAAUACGCUGAAACAUCAACUGAUAACAAUGCAGAAAAUAAUAUGGGAAAGAAAAAAUGUGGGCAGAAAUCAUUUGCUAAUAUUGGUUUAAACCUGAAACGGAAUCGUUCUGGUGCUCAGGUUUUAGGUUGGUCACGUUUUUGUACUGUUCGUCAUACAUGGUUAUUUUCUAAUAGAACUGUUGAUUUACUCAAGAAAUUCAGUGAAAAAUUUCCAGGUGUUUGGGAAAAAGUUUUGAAGUCAUCAGAUUCAUCUACAAAAAAUAAUGCAUGUAUACAACUUGAUUCGAAAGAAGUUGACGAGAUUAUGGAAUUUAUUGCUAAUUCUGAAUGUAGAAGUGCUCCAGUUUUACCACAGAAAGGUAUCUACUUGGAUAAGGAAUGGUUACAAAAAUUAAAAUCAUUAUAUCUUAAAGACAUGAAUGAAACUGUAUAUGAACCGUUUGAUCGUCAGAUUUGGAAUAAAAAAUCUCCAGUAAAUUGUUCACCGACAACUUUGUUUGUUUCAGUGAAUUCAGAUACAAGAAUAUAUCCAUCCUCUUAUAAUUUAUCACCAUUCGAUCGUUGUUAUUAUUCAUCAAACUACUCGUCAGUGUUUAGUUCAUUCACAUUAUUGGAUAAAGUUGUUUAUAUUGGGAUAGGACAAAAUAUUCCAUUGGGAUUACAUGGGAUUGUUAUUGGUGUACCAUCUGGUGUAAGCUCUCAAAAGAGUGAACAAUUGGUAGAGAUCAUGUUUUGCCGAACAUUCACUGAUGCCAUAGAUAUUAGAGGAUCAGGUCCUGUAUGUGCACUGGUACAUCCAUCAAUGUUACUCAGACUACCAGAAAAAUGUGAUGAUAAACAUCAGUCAAUCUGUCAGCCGAAAUUACCUAGACCAGUUUCGAAACCUGUUCAAGUUUCAUGGAUUACUAAAGGACCUCCACGUAAUUACCGUCCAUGGCCAACUAAUAAUAAAUUUGAUCAAAAUACCUCUCAUAAAAAUAAAAUGGAUGAUGCAAACCAUAGUAAUAUAUCAAAGGCUAGUCCCGUUCAUUCAUGGAAUUCAUCUAAAUUGAAAACUAAACAAAAACAACCACCACAACAACAAUUGCAACAACAAAAUAUUAAGCCUGCUAAAAACCUAUCCUCAACGGGAAAAGAUACGAUAAACAAGAAAACGCAAGAACUGGAUUGUCGACCACACUGUGGUGAUACAUAUACCACUUUUCCUACUCUACAGAAUAAAUUUAACCGUUCGCGAAGCAUAAGUGAACAUAAUACAAGUCUAGAUCAUAACUACGAUAAUGUAAGUCUAUCUAAUUUGUCACAUGAUGCAGAACAUAAUUCGCAUUUUUGGACUAUGCCAAGCCCACCGGACGUACCUCUCCCUCCAUCUUAUUGGUCUAAUAUUAACAAGCCUGCACACGACUUGAAAUUAAAUAAUAAGACUAAAGAUGAUAAAGAAAAGAACCAACGGAGUAGGAACGAAAAAAGUACUGGGUCGUCUAAGAUUAAAUCUCGUUCUCAUCAUUCUGCAGAACGUAAUCAAAGAAAUCCUAUUACUCGUUGUGACAAUCGUCCACGGUUAAACCACAAUAGUGAGGUUUGUCAGAAAGCACCAACUCCAGUCAUGCCGAAACAAAUACCAAUGCCCGAUUUCGAAAGACAAAAUGUUAAUAGACCUCCAAACAUGCAUCAGUAUCCUCCUCUUAACCAAAUGCAACCUCAAUUGCAAUCUGCAUAUCAAUCACUGCCAUUUCUGCAGUUUCAACGGGUAAUGCCAUCUACAGUAUACCCGAUUAAUAUGAUGACUCCAUAUCUGUAUGGUCAAAGAAUGCCUGAUUCUUCCUAUAUUUCAUAUCCUUCGUAUUCCCCUUCGCCUAUUUAUCCACCUAACUUUGUAAAUCGUGCACCUAUUCCUCAGUUUCCAUUGAUGUCGAAUCCUAAUGCUCAGGUUUUUAACUCUACGAUAAACUACGAGAAUACUCACCGGUAUGUUAAUUCAUUAUUUUUACUACACUGUUAUUUGCAUGUUUUUGUUAUUCGUUCAUUCAUUAAAUCACAGAAUAGCAGGUAAAUUAAUAUCUGCUCUGGGAAAAAUUUAUUCGACUUUACAUUAGAAAAAUCAUUUGCUGCAACUACUGAGUUUAUUUUUACAUGCAUCUAAACGCUUCAUUUUUUUUGUUAAUUAAUGAACAAAGAUAAUCUGUGUUUAGGUUAUGAGUAUUCUAUUUCUAGUGUCUGUUGAAAAGAUCAGUGAACAUAUUCAUAAAUAUGUUUUAAUUAAAUUUUUAUCUGAAAAUAACUCUGAAAUUUUUUUAACAAAAAGAAAUGAGUUGUUGCAUAGUUAACCUUAAAAGAAUAGACUAUUGUUUAUUGAUUCUCUCAUGAACAAAGUGUUUCUGUCGAAAAAACUAUGAUUCAUUAUACUAUGUAUCAAAAUGGUAAAGGUAAUAUUUGUUCAAUCCAAAGCAUAAAUAUGGAACGAAUCAUAUUUGGACAUUUCAAUGAAUAUAACAGAUAAUUAGAUGUGUUGGUGAUAUAGUUAGAAAAUAAAUCUAAAUGAAGUCAACCGGUAAAUUUUCAGUUGAUUGCUUUUGUACUUUUGAAAAGUGUGUUUCCUUUUUUUUCAUGGAAUCUGUACAUCUGGGUGCUGUGCAAAAUAAACUAUAUUAGAUGGUGGUUGGAGGUAGUCGACAGGAAACCCUGGACCCGGGUUUCGUGCUACGUGGCACUCGUCAGCAAGGUGUACCUUUAAUCCUGAGGGAACUGGUGCUCCCUGACGGACUCGAUCCCGUGUUACCCAGCUUCAUAGUCAGAGACAUCACCACUGAGCUAUCUGAGCUGCGACCGACCUCCUUUAGGACUGAGAUGUAAUCACAAUUGAUUGAUCACCACCCAGGAAUUUUAAUUAAGUCACCAUAUAAAAAAACACUAGAUUGUCAACGACAAUUUGGAAAAUGUGAAAUUCUCAUUGGAAUUUCCGGACUCGUUAAUUUUCCACUUUUUUCGAUAGGUUUAACAACCCGCCGAUGCUAUCAUAUGGGGAAAGAAACAGUCGGGAUUCCUUCCGUCCUCCUGUUAAACAGGAUCUACCAUCUAACCGACCAACUACACAUCAUCAUAAUGCUAAUCAGUCAAGACGUUUUAUUCCUCCUCAGGUUUCACGAACGCGUCGACCUUGAAUUGGGAAAACAUUGCUUUUCCUAAAGACAAUCACUUUUAAUUGCUCGUUCUUCUUUAAGGGAAAGUCAUUUGUUUCUUUUCCAAACUUCUUCCAGAACAUUUUUUUUGUUUAGAUUCCCUUGAAAUGUAUUAAAAUGUUUAUCGAAUUGGGACUGAUAUAAUGUAUUUGAUAAUGACUGCUUUUUUACGGUUUGGUUUUCAUCCUUUCAAAAUUCUUUGAUUGUUUGUUUAUUAAUUAUAUUUGUAUAACAUCCUUUUCUAACAACUAAUUUAAAAGACUUAAUUAAAAUACAUGUUCAAUUCCAU